UCUUCAGGAUAGCCAGAAAGUGUUGAACAAUAAUAAUUCUUUUUCUGUUGAUGUACAUGUAUUCCUUAUUUAUUGUCUCAUUUUAAUGAUGUAACAAUAUAUACACAGCAUAAGAUUAUAAUUUUAAAGUUCAUGCACAUGUAUAUUUCAAUAAAGUUUCUUUAUUUUUAGUGUCAUGUCCAAUUAAGCAGGACUUUAAGUGUCUUCUGGAAUUUUAAUUUCAACAAUGCCUAGAUUGAGGAACAAAACAAAAGACCAGAUCCUAAGGGCAGACACAAAAAGAAAGGCACAGAAGGUGGUUGAUGAUGAUAAGCACAAUAAUGAAAAGCCGUGUAGCAGCCAGGUUGCUAGUACAGCCACCCAGUCAACAACAUCACCCUGUCUUGACUCAUCUGACAAGUUUACAGUGUGCAGAUUUCCCAGUCCAUCGACUUUUGAAUAUGCAACGAUAGAGUGUUUCUGUACUCCACCAUCAUACACUAUUCCAAAGAGGAACGAAGGCACAACAAACACUGCUUUCCCUACUCCUAGAAAGGUAAAAGAUAAUGUCAUUUUACUCAUUUACAAACUUAUACCUCUGUGUACUCAUAUUUCAACACCAUUUUAAACAUUAGCACAAGGGGUGAAGGAGUGAAUUAUUCAUAGUAGAAACAAGUUGAUUCAAUGGGAACAAAUUAUUGAACACAAUAUUUUCAAAUGUUUAGCUUAUUUUCUCAACUUUCUAGUUUCCCUUACCAGAGCAAGUACUUUCUUACUCUCAAUUGAUAUGUUAAACCCUACUCUUUCUUUGAAACUUGUCCAUCUUCUGUAUAAAUUAUAUAAUAUGUAUAUAUGCUAUGAUAUGUGUAUAUUUCAUCUCCAGAAUAUCAGUGAAAGGCGACAGCUCAAGAACAUACAGCAGCAGACUGAGAAAUGACCCUGACUACAGCAGCAGAGAAACGUGAUCUAUAAAGACAGCAGAGUUUAUUUUUGACACAGAUUCAAAUGAAAAUGGAGCCGUUUUGUCACAUGCUCAAAAUGGCGAGGAAGGAGU